GAUGGGAUGGUGCCAGUGCUGUGUGGCGGCCAGGAAUGCCAGUGGUGGUGAUGAUUGGACAUGUGAGAGAUGAGUAGGGAUGUUAUGUUUGUGAUUUCUUAGUGUUCAGACCAAUAUGCAGCGGUGUCAUCGUGGCGUUUGGCGUUUUGUGCAAACGAAAGAGAAUGAGAAGUAAAGUGCGGCGUGGAUAUAGCAAAGACGUGGCCAAGGACUGGACAAUUAAAGAGGGACCUCACACAGAGAGGACCCCGCCGGGCCUAGAGCAAAAACUGGAGGGAAGACAAGCACAAGCUCGCGACCUUCAUCUCGCUCUGAGGUAAUGUGACUGAGUGCAGAGCAGCAGCCAGGGGGAGCGAGGCUGGAGAGGGAGGAAGGACAGGUAGCCUUGCUUCUGCGCUCUGACGGCUGGCCAGCCUCCCCCUGACUCAUUCGAGGGAGGGGACGCCAGGUGAGUAGAAGUAGCUCACACGCCGAGACAGGUGACGGAGAACUUCUGAUCCAGAGCUUGAAUAACAGCCUGCAGUGAUGGCGCCGCCGUGCCUGGCUGGAGGGUGUUCACUGCUGCUGUUGCUUUUCACCAUUACGCGCAGUGGAAGAGGAGAAGUCCUGCUGAUUCAUGAGAGCGGGAAAGGCACAGCCUGGGGCUACUCCCAUCUACCCUCUACUUUCCCCCUCACCUGGAGCCAGGCGAGGUCGGCUUGUGAGGCAAUACCGGGCUCCAUGCUCGCUAGAGUGGAUGGGUGGCAGGCAGAGGCGGCCGUGGAAGAGUACCUGAGGGAAGCUGCCUUCGCGGAACCAGUGUGGCUGGCUAACAGACAGACUCUUCCCGAGGUACUAGAGGAUGAGCAGCGAGAGAUGAACCACAUCGGCAACGCAGGUGUGCUAGGGAGCGAUCCCAGCAUGGGAGGGGAGGUGGGCGUGACACUCCGCUGUGCUGUGUACCGGGCGGGAGUGGGCCUGGUGCACGAGCUCUGUUCUGAAGCCGCUGUGUCUGCCGCCCUGUGCGUUCAGCGAUUGUCGAGCGAGAGACCACAACUUGAGGUUUGCCCUGCGUCACUCCACCGCCAGUGGUUCCUGAUGAACAGCAACACCGAGAACGAUAACUCUGAACCACAUCAACAGACCACCGUGAACGUGAUCGGUCUACACCAGUGCCACCACCACCACCACCACCAUCACGGCCACAUGGUCCGCGUCGCCUGCCGCCCACAGGAGGGCUGGGAACUCACUGCAAGUAUAUGCAGCUCUGAGGCGUCAGAGCAACAACAGGUCAAGACACCGCGUACAGGUGACCGUCAGAAGAGUGGCGCCAGUCCCCUUAGGCAGACAUCUGCCCUCACGCCAACCCAUGUAUACAGCGAUGACUAUGAACGAAUACUUGAACAGAAAGAAUUCUUUUAUCUCCCUCUACAGCAGAAAGACAGACGACACAAGAGAUUGGCUGAGUUUCAGCCAACACGAAGAGUAAAAACGUCAAGCGUGACCUCGUCACUCGCGCACUCCAUCCCUGACACCAAUCCAACACACCGGUCUGCUCCUGAGACCCAUGAUUCAGAUGUAGAUGACAAAGUUAUGCUCUACAUUACUAGUUACAAAAAUUCAAGGAGUGAUUACGAAAAACAAAGAGAGGAUGCAAUCAGACCCCAGCACAAAACUCAUGCUCAAACAGAGGACAACAAACACGACACUGGUCCUCGCCAGUUGGAUGCAUCAAAAACUCGCCUCAAGGACAAACAGACUGGUAAGGCGAAACAUUUCAAUGGCGAAACCAAUUUUGAUCCCACUAUUAAUGAAAUACAAUCAGAAGCUGAAUCAGAUCAACACAGUGAAGGAAAGUCAGCCGUAUCUUUUCUUCCCGACGAAAGAAAUUAUUCAGAAAUCAUCCAUUACAGUGCAAGUUUAGAGGAAAGGGAAACACACACCAGGAUAACACCAGCCCAAGCUACGAAGUUCAGUGAUAGUCAGAGAAAUAAAGAAAUUAAAAGUAAAAAACCACUAUCAACAGGAGACACUGAAACCACUCUCAAGAUGGAAGUCGGACCCAUGUUUGUCAACGGAUCGGAAACUCAAAAUUAUACCAACGAUGAAGAUUUCCAACCAAAUAAUAAUGAGAAAAACUUCCGAGCAUUGGUGUUCCCCGAAGAUUCCGUACUUGAAAAUCCCAAUGAGAACAAUCUUUCUACCUUUACCAAUGACUCAUCUCAUGAAGGAAGCACCUUUGAGAUAGAAAAAAAUACGCCAUCGAAAGAAGCUACUACAACUCCGAGUAGACCCAUCAUAUUUCCCAGGGUUGAGAGCGACGAUCCUGCCUCUGAAGAGAGUGUGGAUGAUGACACUCUGCUGACUGAGAAUACCAAAAUAACGGAUUCGGUUGCUCAGCCCACAAGGGAGACAACUCCGCGUGGAGCAAACAGUGAGAUGCUUCCCGCCGUACAAAUUUCGGAAUCCACGCCAGUCGGUGAUGCAACCCCUGAAGAUGGCGCUAUUAAGACGGAAGACAUGGAGAAUGAUUCGGACAAAAACAAUGAUGACAGCUCAGAGAAUGAUGUGGAAGAAGGAAUUGAGGAUCCGAACACUAACACGCCCAGACCUGAAGAAUCCACGUUAAACCCUAUCAUCACCAAUACCACAUCGGUUGAAGUACUACAUCAUGAGCCAAAAAACAGCCCCUCGAGCCCUCACACCGCGGAUCCCACUGUAACCACAGAGAAGCCAAAGACACAGGGCACUCGACUUUUAAUUGCUCAGAUAUUCAAGAGCAUAUUUGGUUAGCCAGUUUAAAGGGCUCAUUUAACACCACCCAUUUGUGCCUGCACGGCUUGGGUAUUGGAGGAUGCAUGCAUGGCAAUAACAUCCUGUCAAGUAUCAUAUUUUAUUAUAAUAGUCUCUUAAGUUAUAAUGCAUCGCAGUAAGUGACCAGUUACGCGUUUCAAAGCUAAGACAACAUCACACUACCUAGAAAAGCGGCUGAGAAAAUCAGGCCGUAGAUUGUCUGAGGAGAGCCAGUGCCAGUGCAAGUGUCUUCUUUCGUUGUCUGAAUGAGGGAAAGUAACUGCAGUUGAUUACCACUUUGUUUUAUUUUCUCAUACUCAGUAACUGUCAGUAAGAAACACCCAUUGAACUUGCAAUGAGAUCGUGAGCGCGCACUCACAAUAGGUCUUCCUGCCAGGAGCUGCACGUAGGUGUGGCUGUAAUUGUCACGCCAGAUGUGGUCACGUGUAAGUGCUACCUUCAUUGUCUACUCCGCUAUUUUUGUGAACACAGGAUCCUUUAUUUCUGUUUUGUUUUGUAUAUUCCAGUUCCAUCUUAGGAAUUACUCCAUGUUUCUAAAGCAUCGUUGUAGAAUUUCAAAUUCUACAACAAGAGCAAGAAAGUGUUCCUACAAUAAUAUUAGUGAAAGAAAAUAAAAAUAAAAACAUAAGAACAUAAGAAAAGAGGGAAUCUCCAAGGGGUUGUCAGGCCUACAUGUGGCAAUUCCUGCAUGAGCAAAGCUUCCUAAUUCCAUCUAUCAUCCCCAUUCA